AUGGCACCCACCAACAAAGCUGCGUACCUAGAAGGUGCCAAAAAACGACCGCUUGUGGUUCGCGAUGCACCAUAUACAAGCCCCGGACCAGACCAAAUAGUCAUCAAGAAUUCCGCCGUCGCUCUGAACCCACUCGAGGCCUUGAAGCAGGCCCUGGGGAAUCUGCUGUACGGACAUGUCAAGUACCCCUUUGUGAUGGGGUCUGAUGUUGCUGGUAUCGUGGUUGAGGUCGGCCCCAACGUGACGCGCCUCAAAGUCGGCGAUAGGGUGAUCGGGCACGCCCUUGGCAUGGAGAAGCAUCACAACCAGUCGUCAAUGUGUGGAUUCCAAAUGUACACGGCUGUAGUAUUACCGUUGGGGCUGUCGACCGCCGCCUGCGGAUUGUUUCAGAAGGACCAACUUGGUCUGAGACAUCCCAUGGUCGACCAGGCUGCUCUUGGCGGGUCUGGAAGCGACGUCCCCAGCAAGAAGGAGGUUUUGGUGGUCUGGGGCGGUUCGACCAGCGUCGGAUGCAACGCGAUACAGCUCGCAAAAGCAGCAGGCUACGAUGUGGUCACGACCUGCUCGCCACGAAACUUUGACCUAGUAAAGUCGCUCGGCGCCACGGCGGCCUACGACUAUCGGAGCAAAACGGCCGUCGAGGACAUUGUGCAGCACCACUGCCGCGACAGGACGGUCGCGGGCGCCAUGUCCAUCGGCGACGGGGGUGCCGAGGCCUGCGUUGAGAUCCUCGGCCGCAGUCAAGGCAACCGCUUCCUCUCAAUGGUUAGCUACCCGAACCCGCCCGACGUCGACGCCGGGAUUCCUUCUCGGAUCGUCUUCAUGACGCGUUGGAUGGCGUCCAUGACCGUCAAGGCUUGGACGAGGGGAGUCAAGUCAAAAUUUGUAUGGGGAGCCACGCUAGAGCAGAACGAGGUUGGUAAGAUGAUCUAUGAGGACUUCUUGCCCUUGGCCCUCGAGCGUGGCGUGGUUGUGCCUGCGCCGGCUCCGGAGAUGAUUGGGGAUAAUUUGAAGUCAAUCCAGGACGGGCUUGAUAGGUUGAAAUCUGGAAAAGUAUCGGGGAGCAAGCUAGUCAUACAGUUAGACACCGAGAAUUAG